CGAGCAGCAGGAGUGGGACGGGUUUUUGGUGAACUUCCUGGUAGUUCUGGGUGUAGCUGACCUUCAAUGACAGAAAAGGAAAGGGGAAAUUGCCACACCACUCCCAUAGUGGAUCCAGGGGAACAAAAUAUCGGCAGAAGUUGCACACUGACAGACAGCUGGCUCCGUUAACGCGGUUCUACUUCACUCGAGUCCUGGUUAUGGGAGUGACCGGGGUUUCCUGCGGGUGAACGGCUGGAUACGGUGCGCUGUGCGGCGCUGUGGGAGAAACCGCAGCUGUAGCAGAGUCCACUGUGGGCAAACCGCUGGGAGUGGUAGUGGGAGGGUCGGGAAGAACCCGGCAGGACUGGGCCACAGCAGACUGACAGAGAACGAGCUGACCGGGUUGACGGUCUCACACAACGCGGGGACUGAACGCAAACCACCGGUCUGUCCUGUCUCCUUCUGAACGGAGGAACUCACGCUGUUUUUGACCCUCAGGUGGUGGCGAGUGACGGGGUCCGGGCUAUGAUGGAGUCGGCCCUGACAGCCAGAGACCGGGUGGGAGUGCAGGAUUUCGUCCUGCUGGAGAACUUCACCAGCGAGGCGGCCUUCAUAGAGAACCUGCGGAAACGCUUCAAGGAGAACCUGAUCUAUACUUACAUCGGUUCUGUGCUGGUGUCGGUGAACCCGUAUAAAGACCUGGAGAUCUACACCAAGAACCACAUGGAGCGAUACCGCGGCGUCAACUUCUACGAGGUUUCUCCACACAUCUAUGCGGUGUCAGACAAUGCAUACCGCUCCAUGAGGACGGAGCGGAAGGACCAGUGCAUACUGAUCUCAGGGGAGAGCGGCGCCGGGAAGACGGAAGCGUCCAAAAAGAUCCUGCAGUACUACGCCGUCACCUGUCCAGCCAGCGAACAAGUGCAGACCGUGAAAGACCGUUUGUUGCAGUCCAACCCAGUGCUGGAGGCCUUUGGGAAUGCCAAGACGUUGCGUAACGACAACUCCAGCCGCUUUGGCAAGUACAUGGACGUUCAGUUUGACUUUAAGGGGGCUCCGGUCGGCGGCCACAUCAUCAACUACCUGCUGGAGAAGUCCCGGGUGGUCCACCAGAACCAUGGGGAGAGAAACUUCCACAUUUUCUAUCAGAUGAUCGAAGGAGGCGAAGAAGACCUGCUGCGACGGCUUGGCCUGGAGAGGAACACCCAGCAGUAUCAGUACCUGGUUAAGGGCAACUGUCCCAAAGUGAGCUCCAUCAACGACCGCAGCGACUGGAAGGUGGUGAGAAAAGCCCUGAAUGUCAUUGGCUUCAGUGACGAUGAAGUGGAGGAGCUGCUGAACAUAAUCGCCAGUGUGCUUCACCUCGGCAACGUGCAAUACGGCGAGGAAGAAGGCUACGCCCACAUUACGUCGGAUACGCAGAUCAAGUACCUGGCCAGGUUGUUGGGGGUGAAUGGGACGGUGCUGACAGAGGCACUCACACAUAAGAAGAUAAUUGCCAAGGGAGAGGAGCUUGUGAGCCCUCUGAACCUGGAGCAGGCGUCGUCGGCUCGGGAUGCUCUGUCCAAGGCCGUGUACGGACGCACCUUCACCUGGCUGGUCAACAAAAUCAACACCUCACUGACAUACAAGGAUGAAUCUCAUAAGAACGCCUCUGUUAUCGGUCUGUUGGAUAUCUACGGCUUUGAGGUUUUCCAGCACAACAGCUUUGAGCAGUUUUGCAUCAACUACUGCAACGAGAAGCUGCAGCAGCUGUUCAUCGAGCUCACCCUGAAGUCAGAGCAGGAGGAGUACGAAGCUGAAGGCAUCACGUGGGAGCCGGUCCAGUAUUUCAACAACAAGAUAAUCUGUGACCUGGUGGAGGAGAAGUUCAAAGGCAUCAUCUCCAUCCUGGAUGAGGAGUGUCUGAGACCUGGAGAUGCCAGCGACUUCACCUUCUUGGAGAAGCUGGAGGACACCCUGGGGGGACACCCGCACUUCGUCACUCACAAGCUAGCGGACGGAAAGACCAGGAAGGUGAUGGGCCGAGAGGAGUUCAGACUGCUGCACUACGCUGGGGAGGUCAACUAUAACGUUAACGGAUUUUUGGACAAAAACAACGAUCUUCUCUUCAGGAAUUUAAAAGAGGUUAUGUGCCUGUCUGAGAACAAGAUUCUGACGCAGUGUUUUGACCGAGACGAGCUGAGUGACAAGAAACGCCCCGACACGGCAGCCACCCAGUUCAAAGCCAGUCUGGCGAAACUCAUGGAGAUCCUCAUGUCCAAGGAGCCGUCGUAUGUCCGCUGCAUCAAGCCCAAUGACUCCAAGCAAGCAAGUCGGUUUGACGAGGUGCUGAUCCGUCACCAGGUCAAGUAUCUGGGACUGAUGGAGAACCUGAGGGUGAGAAGGGCUGGAUUCGCUUACAGGCGGCGCUAUGAGAUCUUCCUACAGAGGUGAUCAGCCACUCUCUCUUUUUUUUCUUUAUUUUUUAAUGAAGACACACCAGCAAAAACAUUUCUUCAUUCAGCUCUCAUUUUCUCCCUCAGAAAAAGUCAUGGAUGCUCAAUCUAUUAGCAUCUAUGCCUUGAUGACUAGUUUGUUUCUCAGCGAUACUGUCAGACUUGCUCCUGAAAGGAUAACUUAAAGCAGGCGGGUUAUGCAAAAAUUCUAAUUGACACGUUUUUGUUUUUG